ACAAAUCCAGCGCGUACGUAUCGAAUGCCAGCCCUUGCGUUCGGGGAGACCAUACGGAAUACGGAAACUUAAUGACGUCAUGCGGAAUGCAGCGCUUGUAUACAUUUUUGUUUGUACCGUCGCACACGUUCGGUCCAAUCAGAACCAAAAUUACGCCAGACAUUACGCAAAAGUUUGUAUUGAUGAUUGUUACUUUUCUAAAUCGGUUUAGAGAAUAACAAAUAGAUAAUACCUUGGAUUAACAUUAGAUAAAUUAGUUAUCCCGAAAAAUUCAUGGUUUUUGCUAGUUACGCUUUUUUUACUACUGUACCGAAUUAGCUGAAAUUUUGAAUAGAUUACAGUCUGGACUAAUGUAUAGGCUACUUUUUAUCCCAGUAAAAUUCAUGGUUUCCGUGGAAUAUUUCUUACUCUUUAAUGCCGCUACUACUAAACUGAUUUGAUUAAAAUUUAAAACGAAGACGCCUACUUUUUAUCCCGAAAAAAUCAACGAAUCCUGCGAGGUUUGUGAAAAGCUGAUGGUUGAGGUUGAGGUUAUUGGUCGUAGCGUAUGUUUUAUAGCUUAGUCUUCCUCGAUAAAUGGGCUUUUCAACACAAAAAGAAUUUGUCAAUUCUAUCCAUUAGUUCGUCAGUAGGCAAGGCAGAAGUACGAAAUUGCCUGCACGGGCCGUGCAAGUGUCGGGUGAUGACGUCAGGUACAAUAUCGCGACUGUUAGCGGGAGCCGAUAAUUAUGCGAACUUCGAAUGCAUGUAAAAUCAUAAGUGCUGGAGAAAGCAAACUGCAAACGCGAGCUUAUGAAAACUGUAAUGAGGCGGAAGGUUGUAUUUUUCGGACAUCUGCAAAGAGAACUCCUCUACGAGUUUCCUAGGUUGAUCUUAGAAGGCAAGAUAGUCGGAAAAAGGGCACGAGGACGACCAAGAGUAAUUACAGCUAGCUGAAAAAUAUUUCGAGUGAUCGGAAAAGUUUUCUCCAUCUGUCCGCCAAACUUCAGUUUGAAGAGGGCACCUGAUGAUGAUGAUGAAAAUCAUAACUAUUUGGUAUUUUCAAAUAAAACACAAACUAGUGUAUUUGUACAAAUAAAAGCUCAUAUGUACCAAAGUUUCAAGUGAUUUUGCAUACCUAUAUCUGUUUGAUAUAUAACAGGAUAAGUAUAGGAAUAUAACACAAAAAAAAAUAUUUGGUGUACAAAAGAAGUUUUAUUUCAUGACGAUAUUCGUAAAUAAAAUGUUGAGCACCCCUGAGUCAUAUGUUUUUGUUUGUUGACAUUGUGUAAAAUACCUACCAGAUUUGGGUACAUUCUCCAUCCCCUUUAAUCAGUGUAUUCUAUGGACUGACUCUAGAUUCAUCGUCUGUGGUCUGAGUUUCUCACAGAUUAAAUUAAAGAACUAUAAAAAUAUAAAAUCCAUCUUUCUGUCAUCUGUGACUUUUCUUGAAAAAUAUUGCGGGUACAUUUUUGUAAAGAUUCCUAAAGUUUAAAAUCCAAGUUAUAUCUUGCCGUUUUAAUUCAGCUAAAACAACUUUGCAGUUUGCUUUCAACGUGGCAAGCACAUAGAACUAAUGAUACUUUCCCCCCUAUCUUAAUCUCAGAUUUAGAAUACUGUGUGGAUAAAAGAGCAACAGCAAAUAGGGAAAAUGUUUUCUCAAAAAAAAAAAUAGAAGUAAACAAAACUUUUGCUUGUAAAACACCGACUUCGAUACCUAUAAAUAGAUUAGAACUCUGUUACAAACUCCCAUAUCUACAAUGAACAAUGAACAAUCUAAAAUGGAACCAAAUAGUUGUGGAUGGAUUUUGUGCGCCUCGAAAAGGUUUCCGGGGAAAAUGUAUUACUUCAACAUCAGGAAUGGAGAAAAAGCUUGGAGUUGGGAUCAAACUACAGACCUACAGAAGAGAUCCAGAGUUAAUAAUCAAGCUACCAAUGUCAUUGGCACAUCUGAUAAACAAUAUAAUCAAAUACCCAAUAAUUCAAACUCACUAGAGAGUGAACAACUAUUGAUGGGGACCAGUGAUCACAGUUCACCAAUGUCUAAUAAUAACUUUGCUAAUAAUACACAGGCAAGAUGGAACCAGAGACCAAAUAAUAUUCUUACGUCUAGACAACAUGAACGACAGAUGAACUCCAGUGAUGGUUCACCCAUGUCGGAAAAUACCUUUGUUAAUAAUGCCAGAUAUGAACAGUUACCAAACAAUAUUCUUACGUCUAGACAAGAUGAAGUACAGAUUAACUCCAGUGAUAGUUCACCCAUGGCUGACAAUACCUUCAUUACUAACGCACAAGCCAGAUAUGAACAGAUGCCAAAUAAUAUUCUUACAUCUAGACUACAUAAACGACAGAUGAACUCCAGUGAUGGUUCACCCAUGUCUGACAAUACCUUCAUUAAUAACGCACAAGCCAGAUAUGACGAGAUACCAAAUAAUAUUCUUAUGUCUAGACAACACAAACAACAGAUGAACUACAGUGAUAGUUCACCCAUGUCUGACAAUAACUUACUUAAUAACACACAAGCCAGAUAUGAGGAGAUACAAAGUAACAUUCCUACAUCCAGACAAUAUGAACAAUUACAAAUGAACUCCAAUGUAAUUUGUUCACCAAUGACUGACAACUUUCAUAACAACUUGCAAACAGGAUAUAUGUCAACACCAAAUAAUAAAUGGAUACAACAAGAAAAAUUACACACAGAAUCCACAGAUGUGCCAAUGAGUGACUCAAACUGUGUAUUCAUGGAUGUUGCACACAAUGCAUUUAAAUCUAUAAAUAAUCCCUUAUCUAAACUCCCAAACCAAUGUCGACUAUCCGCACAAGCAAUGGGUGACAAAAUAAAUAUUGAUGGACAACUAGGAAAUAAACUCAUGCCAAAUAAUAAUUUUUCAUCAAAACUACCACAAUGGGGAAAUAAUCAACUAAAACAAUCUCCAACAAACUUCAGAUACAUUGGCAACACACAUAAUUCAAAAACUCUAAUAACAAAUAAUACAUUUUCAUUUGGUCAACGGAAAUGUUUUCAAACAGAAUCCAACGACUUUGGUACACCCACAAUAAAUAAUGACAAUCUCAAUGAAAACAUACAAGCAACCUACAAAGUGAUGCCAAACAGUCUAUUUACAAUGAAACAACCCAAACAGUUGCAAUCAAAAAACAAAAAAAUUGGUUCAAAAAUACAAAAAGCAACAUACAAGCCGUUAAAGAAUAAUCCGUUUUCAACAAAAUUAUCAAAGUCAUUGAAAACGAAGAUUGAUAUUCUUCGCCCUCAAAGAAAUAGAUCCAGAGUGAAUCUUGUUGAUAUAAAACACCUAAGAAAUCACUCAAAAUCAUACUUCAUCAAAGAGUGGUAUAUAAUUCCUGAUGUCGAGGUUCUUCUGGAGGAUUUUGAUUUUUUAAGAAGUUUUAUCUCUGAAGAUCCAACUUGUAUGCUGAUGAUCCCAGAAGUUGUGAUGAAAAAGCUUCAAUCUUUGACAGACAGUCGUGCGACAGUCGCAAAGGAAGUCGUUCAAUGGCUGACCAAACACGCUGUAUGUGAAAUAAAUAACCAAGACGAAUAUCCACUCACAAAUGUUACAAUAAAUGAUAGAGUUCUCAAGUUUUGCAUAGAAGCAAAAAUACAUCAUGUGGUGUUUAUCACAGAUAAGGAAUUCUUGCGUGAGGCUGCGAAACUGAAUGGCAUACCCUCUUAUUAUAUAAGUGAGCUCACGUUAAUGGAGAAAAAAGAAAAUUUGUUCCUUCAAGAAACAGAGCGUUUUGAUAAGUUUCUUAUUAGCAACAGUGUUCAAAAAUGCACAAUUACAGCAAUUGCAAAUAAUAUAAAUGAAAAUAAUAAUAACGCUGUUGCAAAAAAUUUGAAUAUGCCAAUGUCAAAAUCUUUUGGAACACAAAAUGAGGAAAAUACUUUUGACCUCACAAGACCUCAUGAGAGUAUAUCCAUUCGAUCAAAAUUCAACCAAAAUGUUGAUAGACAUAACCAUAGACUAAUAACUGAUUGUUCAAAUAGUUAUUUGGGAGGUCAUAUAUCUAUAAAUGAAAAUAAUAAUAGUGAAGAGAAUCCACAUACAGCUGUUGUAAAGCAGAAACAUAAUUUUGAAACAAAUGAAAAUACUGUAAGCUUUGAAUCAAAUGAAAUUCAAAGUACUGUAGUAAUUGAAGACAAUAUAUCCAACGCUGGCGUUGACUCUAAUGUAAUGUCCAAAAUAAAUGAAGACUAUGAGAAAAUGGAAGAGGAAUUGAACGAAUUUUGCACAACAUAUUCGCAUUUGCAGGAUGUUAUUAAUAAUAGUACACUUGACGAAUGGAGUGUCUGUUUUGUGCAAAUCAUUGAACAAUUUGUGAACGAUAUUUUACAGGGUGUUAAAGUUAACAACUUUGCCCCGCUGCCGCACUGCUUCCAACAAGGUCUCAAAUCUUUGAGGGACUUUUACUCUUGGAGCAAAAACGUUAGCAUGGUCAUUGAUAAACUAAUAGGUUUAUGUGGAUACAGAAUCAGUAAAGGUAUUGUCCGGACUAAUAUAAAGGCUGAACAAUUUUUGAGAAUAUUAGGAGCUGGGACAUUAUUGAUCGAAAGGAUUAAUAAUGUGUCCCACCAAUCAGAUAUGUGUGGAUAUUACAAAGAAAUGUUGUACAAUUUCAUAAACACGUUACAGACAUCAGAGCCUGACGAUUUCUCUGACACCAUGUCUAUACAUUUUGGACUCAAUCUUAGAUUUUAAGAUACAAAUGAAUAAGGGUUCUAACUGACUGAACUGCUGGAAUAAAAACUAAUCAAAAUAUGUAAAAAAAAGUGAUUUAUGGUUGAUUUUUUUUGAUACUUCAGUAAUAUUAAUAAUUCCGUAGAAUUCUGACGCAGCAUAUUAUGUAGUUUUAAGUCUUUAUUAUAAUAGGAGAUUUUCCAUUGUGUGUUUACUUUUUGUAGUGAUAUAUAUCAAGUAGGUAAACUUUUUGCUAUUCUGUGGUUUUAGUGUUGUUGACGGUCACUAAAGAAGUCCAAAUAGUAUAUAUCAUCAGCUGUCAUAGAAAUGAUUCUUGGCAGUAAAGUGAUUCAAGGACACAAAAUACAGACAAAUAAAAUUAAAUUCAACGGAUUUCAUAAAACACCAAGAUGUACCUUCCAAGCUAAAAGACUGAAAAUAACAUAGUAGUUACAUGAAUCUACUGAUUGUGAGACGUUAUAGCCUAGUCUCAGACCAAUUAUUGUAUAGGACCUGCCUUUCUAGACGUUACGCUGUCAAAGCAUAUGAUCAACGAUCUAAUGCGAUUAUAAAAACUGUGUCUAUAGAAUCGAUGUUUCAUAGUUAUAAUCGUGUUCGUCGGUUAAAGAGCUCCAUAAAAGUACCUUUUUGUGUAAUUGAAUGGUGUAAAAAACAGGCAAAAACUUCUAGUUUAAUAUAAGAUAUAUGCCAAAUCUAAGCUCGUUUUCUUCAGAAAAUGACAGACAAUUUUGUUUGUGACUAUGGGUGCGAUACAGGUCCUUCUAUAAUUGGUCUGAGAGCCUAGUGGAUAUGACCUCUGCCUUUGAUUCUGAGGGCCUAGAUUCGAAUCUGGUCCGGGGCAUGCACCUCCCAGCUUUUCAGUUAUGUGCAUUUUAAGGAAUUAAAAAUCACGUGACUCCUCUGUGUAGGUACAUCUUAUUGUUUAUUGAAAUGGAUGGUUUAAAAAAACAUUUGACAUUUGUUAAGUAUGUUUUUGUUUCGUCAAAUCAAAUUAAAACCAAAAAUCAGUGUAAAUGAAAAUUGAUUUCACCUAUAUUUUUGAUUAUUAUUAUUACUGGAAAGAAAAUCUUUAUUUUAUAUAAAUUUAUUAAAGUAAAAAUUAAAUACCUACUACUACUUACUUUAUAAAGGUAAAAGGUAGGUUUAAAAUUAUUGAGAGGUAAAAAUACUGAUCACUAAUAUAUUAAUAUAAAAAUUUGGUUAAUUUAACUGCAAUUAAGACAUUGUAAAUAUCAUCAUCAUAUCAGCAUCACUGACGUUAAUAGUAGCAUCAUAAAUAUUAAGUUGACUUAUAAUCAAUCAGCAUCAUUGAUACUUAUAAUAGAAGAAUCAUAAACACUUAAGUUUAUUUGUAAUAUCAGCGUCAUUGAUAUUUAUAAUAGAAGAAUCAUGGAUAUUCAAACUGACUCAGCAUCAUAUCCACAUCAUUGACAUAAUUAUGUUAUAAGGAAUCUAUACCAUAUUAGGGAUGAUGACAGUUUUUUUAAUAGUAGAUAUAUAUUAAAAGUUUGCUAAUAGUAAAGCAAUUUUGUUAACAAAAUAUCUGCGAUAAUUACUUUCGGAGCUACAGGGAUUUAAAGGUUCAUAUUCGCGACACUGCCUCGGAGCCCUGAAAAACGCCCCAUAGAAAAUAGCACGAAUUAAUUACGUCGUUGAUCAUAAUGAUCACAGAUCAUAGAUUUGUAUGGGCGUUCAAAAAAAAUUACUAAUAUCUUUGUCAUUUGUGCGUUUAUGUUUAUAGUUCAAAUAUUGAAAAAUGUCACGUUUAAUGUAAGGAAGCUAAAAAUGUAUGAAUUUUCAUCUAAUUACGAUAAAAGAUUUUAAAUAGAUUUUGAAAUUUUAUAAUCUUACUACGUGAUGCUUUGCGGUUUCAACCGCGUGGUUCCCGUUUCUGUAGAAAUACGGGAAUAAAAUUAGACUCUAGUCUUCCUCGAUAUCUAACACUGAAAGGAUUUUUCAAAUCGGACUGGUAGUUCCCUUAGAUUAGCGCGCAAACUCUUCAGCUUUAUAUUAUUAGUAUAGAUUUAUUUUGCAAACAUCCAGAUAAUCUUUGUUUUUUACGUAUUAAAUAGUAGAUAUUGAAUGAAUCAUAAAAAUCAAUAUAUUCAAACCUAUCAUCAUCCCCAUUUUUUCUUUAACUUGGUAUGUCUGAGUUUUCAAGAUAACAGCAAGCAUUUAGCUUUACACUUCAUCAUUAUAUAUCUAAGUAAUUUUUUUUUAAUAGACAACUACAGGAAUAAGGGAUACGGAGAUCCGCCAUGCAGCCCUAAUGUGGAUUAGUGGGUUAAGAGUGGAUAGUGUUCAACUGUUUUGUAUAAGUACUUUGUUUUGUUACAAUUUGUUAUAUUUUCUAUGAAACGUCAGAAUUUAACGGUAAACGAAAGUUAAAUACGUGUAUAGGUACGCAUUUAUUAGUUUACAAUAAAAACUAUACAAAUGA